GCUUCGGCCAAUAGGAGCCAAGCGGGACGCCCGACUCUUCUGAAAGAGGGGUUGAGACAAAGGGCCUGACUGUAGUGAAUCAUCUUUGUGCAAUGGCAGGAGAAUCAAAACCUACAAGCAAUCCUUUGGAACAGUUCAUUUUGUUGUCCAGGAGUGCAAAAGGUCCAGCAUUAACAACCCUUAUUAGCCAAGUAUUAGAGGCUCCGGGAGUUUUUGUUUUUGGUGAACUUUUGGAAACGCCUAAUAUACAGGAGCUGGCUAAUGGAUCACAUGCUGCCUACUUUCAGUUAUUGAACCUGUUUGCGUAUGGAACAUAUUCUGACUAUUUAGCAAAUAAGGGAAGUCUACCCGAAUUAACAUUAGCUCAGAAGAACAAGCUGAAACAUCUCACCAUAGUAAGCUUGGCGGCAAGAAUGAAGUGCAUUCCAUAUUCCAUGCUCCUGAAAGACCUUGACAUAAAAAACCUCAGAGAGCUGGAAGAUCUGAUUAUUGAAGCAAUUUAUACUGAUAUAAUACAAGGCAAACUUGAUCAACGAAAUCAGCUUCUUGAAGUUGACUUUUGCAUUGGCCGAGAUCUCCAAAAGCAAGACAUCAGCAGUAUUGUUAAAACUCUCCAAGAAUGGUGCGAUUGUUGUCAAGCAGUUCUGCUGGGCAUUGAGCAGCAAGUCCUCCGCGUAAAUCAGUAUAAAGAAGGCCACACAAAAACACAACAGCAGGUAGAAACUGAGGUGGCAAACAUAAAGAAGACAUUGAAGGCAACAGCAUCUACCUCGACACAAGAUCCUGAUCAGCAUCCAAUGGAUCGUGACACUCCACAGCUUGUUGAACAGCGUCCAUCCACAAAGAAAUUGUCAAAAUCUAAAAGUUUAUCAUCUAGCCGUCAUUAGAAGAAUAAGUUGGCAGAAUUAUUCCAAUGCUUAUGGGGAAGCUGGAACUGAGAAGAAAUGGGAAUACAAUGAACUGAGCAACGGUUCUCCUAAAUGGCACGUGGAAAGAAAUUUGAACAACAUUUUGUGCAAAUGAAAUUUUUGUUUUUGUAAUACACAGAUUUUAUAAUAAUAGCCAACUACUGCAUCAUCCUUUCCCAUUAAAAGGUACUGGUUGCAAACUGACUUCUGAAGUAAUAAAGGAUUUUUAUAUUGCAUAAA